AUGAGAUCGUGCAGUGGAUGGCGUCGUUUCCUCCUUUGUUUCUCUCUGCUACUUAUCAUUUUCCAUAUCUUCUCUGUUUUUGAAUUUCAUCCCAACUCGGUUAUAGAAGCUGCCCCAAAGAAACGAAAUAAAAAGUCUGAUCAUCUGGUUCUUGGUCCUGCUGCUGGGCAAGGCUUGCCUAAUCGGUUGCAAUGCCAAGGCUCUAAAGCUCUCAACAAGUCCCAUUUCCUAACCCCUUCCAAUGCCUCUAAUGUUGGAGAUAGCAUUAGCUUUGUCACUGUCUUUACCAUUUACAGCACUUCAUUGGAUUCACAUGCUGACGAUAAAUCAUCAAAUUUGGUUACUGUUGGAAAUGUUUCAUACACUAAGAAAGAGAGGUCAAUGGCCAUUUUGAAUGUCUUCAUUAAUUUUAUUCAGGUAAUUUCUUGUGUGGAACGUUCAAGGAUUGUCACCUUGCCUACAUCUACAAGAAAUCAUCUGUAA